UUUGUGAAUGACAGAUUUCACACUGACAGAAAAGAGAAAACCAACCCAGUAGAUUCCUCUUUGACCAACCUCUUAAAUUUUUGAUAAGUAGUUACUUGGUAGUUAUACUCAAAAGAAUCUAGAAAGGAAAAUAAUUUGCCUCGUAAUUUACAAUCUAAUAGUUUUGAAUCAUUUAUUUAUAUAGAAAAUGUCCACUGAAACACAAAAUGUGCCGGUUUCUCCAGAAGACAGUCAACUAGCAGAAAUAUUCAAAACUGAAGCUAAUGAAGCAUUCAAAAAACAAGAUUUCAAUUCAGCAAUAGAUCUGUAUACUAAAGCAAUCGAAAAAAACCCCAAUGUGGCUAUAUACUAUUCUAACCGAAGUUUUGCAUAUAUCAAGACAGAAUGUUUUGGGUAUGCCUUAGCAGAUGCUUCAAAAUCAAUAGAAUUAGAUAAAUCCUAUAUAAAGGGUUACUACAGAAGGGCUACAGCACACAUGUCUUUAGGAAAAUUCAAAGAGGCUUUAAAAGAUUGUGAAUAUGUUACCAAAGUAAGGCCAAAUGAUAAAGAUGCUAGAAUGAAAUACUCAGAAUGUAACAAAAUAGUCAAGAAGAUGGCCUUUGAAAAAGCAAUUGCAGUAGAUGACAAUAAGAAGUGCAUAGCAGAUAGUAUUAAUUUAGAUGCUAUGACUAUUGAAGAUGAAUAUAUUGGUCCUAAACUUGAAGAUAAUAAGAUAACACUUCAGUUUAUGAAAGAUUUAAUGAAAUUCUAUGAAAAUCAAGGAAAACUGCAUAGGAAAUAUGCCUAUAUGAUUUUGUUGGAUAUAAAGACAUAUUUUAUGAAACAGCCCUCCUUAAUAGACAUUCCAAUUGGUGAUGAUGAUAAAUUCACAAUUUGUGGUGAUAUUCAUGGCCAAUUCUAUGAUCUUAUGAAUAUCUUUGACUUGAAUGGUCUUCCUUCAGAGACCAACCCAUAUUUGUUUAAUGGAGACUUUGUAGAUAGGGGAUCAUUUUCAGUUGAAUGUAUAUUCACACUAUUUGGGUUCAAGCUGUUAUAUCCUAAUCAUUUCUUCAUGUCAAGAGGUAAUCAUGAGAGUGCAACUAUGAACCAAAUGUAUGGCUUUGAUGGAGAAGUAAAAGCCAAAUAUACUGCUCAAAUGGCCGAAUUAUUUACUGAAGUUUACAAUUGGCUUCCAUUAGCUCACUGUUUGAAUAAAAGAGUAUUGGUGAUGCACGGAGGCCUGUUCUCGCGCGACGACGUCACCCUCGACGAGAUCCGCCAGCUGGAGCGCAACCGGCAGCCGCCCGAGGACGGGCCGAUGUGCGAGCUGCUGUGGUCGGAUCCGCAGCCGCAGCCGGGUCGGGCGGCCAGCAAACGGGGCGUCGGCUGCCAGUUCGGACCGGACGUGACGCGCGCCUUCCUGGAGCUCAACGGGCUCGAUUAUGUGGUGCGCAGCCACGAGGUGAAGGACGAUGGGUACGAGGUGGCGCACGACGGGAAGUGCAUCACCGUCUUCUCGGCGCCCAACUAUUGUGAUACUAUGGGAAAUCUAGGUGCAUUUAUAAAUUUGAAGGGAAAAGAUAUGAUACCAAAGUUCACCACUUAUAUGGCUGAGCCCCAUCCAGAUGUGAAGCCAAUGGCUUAUGCCAACGCAUUAUCAAGUUUCUUAUGCUAGUACCUGCCCUUUUGUAGUUAAAUUUCGUUUUAGAUUGUCCGAAAUAAUUUAAUCCAGAUAUCAUUAGAUUUAUUGAUAAGACAUUUUUAG